AUGGCUCCGCAUCAAUAUCAUUUCAAUACGAUGGAUUCGUCCGAAACUACUACAGGCUCAUCAAUUAUUGUUUCACCAACAUUUGACCAAGCCUUUUCAUAUCAACCAUCUGCAGGAAUAUUAAUUAAUAAUAAUAGUAGUAAUCACCAUGGUAAUAGUGUAGAACAAAAUGGAAUGUAUUAUUCUGCUCCUAAUUAUGAUGAUAUUCAAGCAGGAUCAUAUCCACCAAAAUCUAAAAAGAAGUCAUUGUUUAGUAAGAUAUUCAAUAAGAAAAAUCAUGAAGACCAAGAAGAAGAAGUUGUCUUCUUUGAUUCAACUGGUCAACGAGUUCCAAUAGAUACAACAAGGAGAACUGAUGAAGGUUCUACUCUUGUAGUAAAUGACAUGAAUCAUGAUUAUUUUGUACCAAAAAAGAAAUCAACUAAUAGUUUGGAAAAUGUAAAUUCAAUUAAUACUUCAAAUGAAAAUUUACCUGAUGAGGAAAAGGAAGCUCGAAAAUUGAAGAGAAAACAGAGACAAGACAAAUUAUGGAAGGAAUUAAUGAGUAUGAAAAAGACAGGAUUAUUUUUCUCAAUUUGGAAUUUAAUUAAUGAUGUUAUUAGCCCAGGUACUGUCAGUAUGCCUCAAGUAGUUGCAUCCAGUGGUCUUUACAUGUCAAUUAUUUGGUUUGUAUUGUUUGGUGUAGUGACUGCUUUCACACUUUGUUUAGUGUACGAAUUAUCAAGGAGGCAUUUAAAAACUACAUUACCAGAGUUGGCCAUGUUAGGUUUUGGAAAGAUUGGAUUCUUUUUGACUUGUGUUUUUAUAUUUUUCUUCAAUUUUGGAGGUGCUUGUGCUCAAUUACUCAUGUUUGGACAAGUUGUUCCUGAUCUUUUAGCAUAUGCAUUUGACUCUGAUAGUAUAUUUUUGAGUAGAAGAGCUAUCUUAAUUUAUUUGGCAGUUGCCUUGCUUCCAAUUGCUCUUCAAAAGAGACUUGGUAGUUUUGCAUUCUUCUCAUUUGCAGCUGUUUUUUCUGUAUUUGCUGUCACAGCUAUUGUAAAUUAUGAGCUUUUAUUUGGACCUAAACGAUACAUUCCUCACGACAGGCAGGAAGCUUUUCAGUUUGUACAUCCAAAGUUUAUGUCAUCUCUUGGUAAUCUGGCGUACAUUUAUAUAUGUCACGAUAUGAGCUUCCACGUUUUCCAAGAGUUGAGAAGAGCUACUAGACUGAGGUAUUACAUUGUAGUAUUUGCGACUGUUAUUAUGACUGUUAUUUGUUGUACAGCUAUGGGUAUUGGUGGUUAUUUGAUUUUCUGGGAUAGAAAUUUGGAAGAAGCCAAUGUUUUGGACUUAUUCCCAAAGAAUGUCACAGCUGCUAUUGUAGGAAGAAUGUUUUUGACAGUUUCUAUUGUUUUCUCAAUUCCAUAUUCUGCAUUCAUGCCAAGAAAUAGUAUCAUUCUAGUUAUAGAAGUUUUGUUUGAAGAUUGGUACAAUUCAAAGAAUGGAAUUAUUGGGUGCUGGCCAAAAAAGAAGACUAGCACAGAAACCAAUGCUCUCCUAAAUAAUAAUCCAGACCUCGAUGAAAAUGGUGUUAGCAAGAAGGCUAAACAAUUGAAGAAGUCUGUAAUUCACUAUUGUGCAACAUUCUUUGUUAUGGGGUUGGCCUUAGUUAUUGCCCUUUCAGUAACUGAUUUGGGAAUUGUUUUCAAUAUCACAGGAGGUGUUAGUGCUUGUAGCAUGGCUUAUAUUUUACCAUGUUUACUCGCUUUAAAGUUAGAACCUGGAAGAUUUACAAUUUUGAAAAUCUGUUCUGCCUUAACACUCUUGAUGGGAUUAGUUAUUAUGGGAAGUACCAUCUAUUCAGUUAUUGAUUCACUCAUACACAAAUAA